UGACCUUAGUAGCCGUGUGCUUACAUGCAAAUCAACUCAGUAUCUCUAGAAAACCAGUCAGUCAUGUCCAAUAGUGAGCUAAUCGAAGGCGCGUUGGACGAUCUGUUCGUUAAGGAAGUGGCCAGUGUGGUUAAACUGGUCGGCACGCUCCCGGAAAAGUACAAGAUCAUGCCCACCUGCACUCUCUGGCUCAACAUUUUCCAACUGGCGACGCACAGGGAGCGCUUUGGUCGGAACUACAUGCUAGUCCUCCUGCACAAGCAGCUGAACACCCGAAAGACUUUGGGCUAUCCCUUUACGGAUCCCGACUGCGCCCAAACGGACUUGUGCACUCUCCAGGAGAUGAUGCGACAGUUGGACAUCAGGGGAGAGCUCACGGAUGGCGACGAGGAAAUGAAAACCUUUGAGGAUAAGUCUAUUUGCUUCAGUUCUGGCGAGAAUUUGGAGCUUGAAAACCGCAAACUAAUGAAGGUCAAUGUAGACUUGGCCUCUGACUUGGAAAACCUUAAGAAGCAGCAUGCAGACUUGCAGGAGUUGCGGGAAGAUAACGAAAAAGCCCUUCAAAUUCAAAAGGAGCAGAUAAAAAUACUUGAGAAGGAAACGCGCUGCCUAAAACGAAUCUUUAGUAUCUCGGCCAUUACUGCCCUGAAGCAGAUGUGUUGCUCCCAACUAAACUCGAAGGAAACCUUCUUCGGCACCCUUUUCAAGUCUCUCUGCGAGAAGGAAUCAGAUGUUGCGGAGGUUCAUCAGUUGGAAAGUCAGUUCAAAAGCCUUCUAAUCGGCCAUACAAGGUGUUACCAAAAGAAACAACAGGCUCUGCUAAUAGAGAAGACUAGUGACAAAUACGACAAGCUGCGCGACAAGGUUAGCAAGAGGUACAAGAAAGUAAUCUCCAUGAAACUAGAUGCCCAAGAGCAUGAGCUAACCCUCAGUGCCAUGCGCUAUCUGACAAUCUUGCGCAGAUUAUUCAACAACACCUUUGUCGGUAAAGCAACAAUCAAGAAGGAAGUGUCCAAAUUCCUGCAACGAAGUCACGACGAAUUGGCUGAGAUGAUGUAGCAGACUCACCUGGGUAUCAGACGUUCGCAUUGCAGCAUGUGCUCCAGAUUGAGAAUUUGAUCUGCAAUUUAAAAGUUAUAUUUU